AUGGUCUUCCGCCGGACUUCGUCCUGCGUCCUGCGUCCUUCGUCCUCGGUCCUCGAUCCAUAUUCUAUCCGCCGUUUUCUGUCAGCCGUCAUCAGUCCGUGUCCGGUGUCGACAGUCCCUCGUUUGUCCGUCUGUCCAUCGACAUCAAAGACGGCAACAACGGCGGCCAGAAUUUUCUCACGUUUGGAUAGUGUCGAGGAGGUGCAACGCGGUCGCAGUGGCAGCGCUGUGGGAAUAACGCCGCCGGGCGGACCUGGAGCGGGAGUGGGCGGAGUGGGAGGAUCAGGAUUAGGAUCCGGAGCGGGUACGGUGGCAGCGGCAGCGGUGGCAACGGGUUCACCGGCCAGGAGUGGCCAGCAGCAGUUCGUCGGAGUGGGCGGUGGUGGCGUCGGCGUGGCGGGAGCAGGAGCGGCAGCUGUGGGAGGCGUGGCAGGAGCGGGAGCGGUACGACAGCGGAGCGCCAGCACGGUGCUCGACAUUAAUUUGCCGCAGCGCAAGGUGUCCGUGGGCGGCGGUGGCAUUGGCAUUGGCUUGGCCGGACCUCCAUCUCCAGUUAUACGGAAUGGUUUUAGUGUCUAUGAUCCGCCGGUGUCAUUGAUUUCCAGUCGGCACUCGAAUUUUAAUGGCCAGGGCGGUGUGGGUGGUGGCGGGGCAUUAGCAGCCGGACCAGGUGCAACAGCCUCCGGCGUGGGAAUAGCCACCACUAAUCGCGGACGACUGUCCAUCAGCGCAGCAGCAGCUUCUCGAAUGUCUUCUCAAAGCUAA